GUACGUGUAACCUUCUCAUCUCCCCAUCCAUUUAUGCUACACUGAAAUCAUCAUUAUUAUUACAUAUAUAUGCCUACACAGCUACACUCUAGCUAGUUGUAGUCACCGGCCACCGCUCACUGGAAAGUAAUGUCUCCCUCCGCCGCCGCCGCCGCCCUCCUCCUCCUCUUCAACCUUUCAUGUUUCCCUAAAACUGCCCCUGGUAACCCUCUAUUGGCGGUUCGCCACAGAGACACCGUCCUUGAGACGGCCCUACGAACCGCCCGUUCAGACGUUUUACGUGCCACAGAAUGGGCACGUAGUUUCCUCAACGACCUCCACGAACUGCAUGGCGGCGGCAAUAAUGGCAUCGCUGCCGCCAUGAGCGACUGCAUCACCCUCUACGAAGCGGCAGAGGAACGCCUUGCUCGACUUGAUGUGGCGCCGCCACCGCCAGGCGAUUACGACGACCACGACGCUGUCACUUGGCUUAGUGCUGCCUUGUCGAGCCACCGGAGCUGUUUGGAUGGGUUGGACGAGAUGGGAUCAACUAAUUAUCGCCAUAAAUUCUUUCGUAGUAACCUGACUUUGUCACUUAAACAAGCUUUGGCUAGAUAUGCCACUAGGGGAAAUACAAAUCCUAUCCGAACAGGGGUGCGGCAUAAGAACAGUGCAAGUUCUGGGGAGAGCGCGGGGCUCUUGGCGGAGUGGAGCGCAUCUUCGGCAUCGAUUAAGGCGGAUUUAGUGGUGGCACAAGACGGCUCCGGCGAUUACAAGACCAUAAACGAGGCGGUGGAGGCGCUGCCUAGAAUAACGGGGGAGAAGAGAAGGGUGGUGGUGUACGUGAAAGGGGGAGUGUACAAGGAGAGGGUGGAGAUAGGGAGGGGGUUUAAGAAUGUAAUGCUCGUCGGCGAUGGAAUGGAUAAGACUGUUAUUACAGGGGACCGCAGCUUCCACGACGGCGCUACCACCAUCGGCUCCGCCACCUUCCGUGUAUUGGGGGAUGGAUUUUGGGCACGCGACAUGACCUUCGAGAACACGGCGGGGCCGCACAAAAACCAAGCGGUGGCCUUGGCGGUUGCGUCCGACCGCGCCCUCUUUUAUAGAUGUAGCAUCAAGGGCUACCAAGACACCCUCAUGGUACAUUCUUUGAGACAAUUUUAUCGCGAUUGUCACAUCUAUGGAACAAUCGACUUUAUUUUUGGGGACGCUGCCGUGGUGCUUCAAAAUUGUGACAUAUUCGUGAACCGGCCCAUGGACCAUCAGUCGAACCUGAUAACGGCCCAAGGGAGAGACGACCCAAACGAGAACACGGGGAUAUCCAUCGUCAACUCGAGGGUGAGGCCCACGGUGGAGAUGGGCCUGGUGAGAGGUAGGGUGAAGAGUUACUUGGGUAGGCCAUGGAAGAAGUAUUCGAGGACAGUGGUCCUAAAGACGGACAUUGAUGGGGUUAUUGACCCAAAGGGUUGGAUGGAGUGGAGUGGGAACUUUGGGCUCUCAACGUUGUAUUAUGGGGAGUACUUGAACACUGGGGCCGGGGCAUCAACGGCCCAAAGGGUGAAUUGGGCUGGAUUUCAUGUGUUGAAGCGGGCCGAAGAUGCAAGCCCAUUUAGUGUAAAAAAUUUCAUCCAGGGUGAUUCUUGGAUCCCAGAAAGUGGGGUGCCUUAUGGUUCCCAAAUAUGACCGUCCCCAAAAUUACCGUAUGAGUGUUUUGCAUGCAUAUUUUUUAUUUUAAAAUUAUGUUAGAGUAUUUAAUUUUUUUAAUUGAAGUUCAAAAAUAGUAAGUUUGUGAAUUUUGUGAUAAUUUUCUUUGUGAAUCUAGCAUUUUUCUUAUUAUUGACGAGCAGUGCUAGGUUCACAAACAUAACUGCACAAACUUACCAU